AUGAAGCGCAAGCUAUCAGAUUCCAGUCUGGAAAAUGACCAUCCAGCCGUCUCGACUCCGAAGCGACCUCGCACCGCGAAAGCCAAUGGCGCCCUAAACGUGCACGCGCCGAAUCAACCACGCACGAACGGCGAUGCAUCCUACGAAACUCCCCCAGCACCACUGGCCGUCACUCCCAAAAAGGCCAGAAUUUCAGCAACCCCAUUGAAAGAUUCAGGACUAAGGACUCCCACCCAGAAAUCAAAGGCUCGUUCCUUGUUUGCCACGCCCACGAAAUCCAAGACCGCGAGUGCUGCUACGCCAUCUCGUCUGAAAAACGCCGAUCGCUCCGCAAGGAAGAAGAGUGCGCGAGUUCUGUUCGAACAGGAUGAAGAUGCCGCUUGGGAUGGGUCCGAGCAGCUUGCGGAGGAAAUUCUCCAGGGCCUUGAGCAGGAGACUGAGAAACCCAAUGAAGUGACAGAGGGCGUCGAGAACGGCGAUGCUGAAGAAACGAAAACCGAUGCAAAGGCUCCUAAGCGUCGUGCUGGACGGCCCAAAGGUGCAAGAAACAAACGAUCUCCAACACCAGAAGGCGAACUGCCUGCCCACGAGCGCUACUUCUUCCAGAACCGGGCUGGUUCUAUUAAGACAUCCAAUACGACUCUCAACAAGGUGACAUUAUUAACCCACGAGGAGUUUUUCGACCAGCUGGGCCAAUUUGUGGACCCUUGCAAGGAAGAGAAGGAAUAUUUACACUCAUUGCAUCACCGGUCAUUUCCGCAAUGGAAUUUCGAAUUUGAGGAAGGGUUCAAUAUCUGUUUGUUUGGCUAUGGAUCAAAGCGAAAGCUUGUGCAUCAAUUUGCAGAUUGGAUCUACCACCGAUCAGAGGCUGAGACCUCGACGGCUAUCGUCAUCGUCAAUGGCUAUACGCCAGGUAUCUCAAUUCGAUCGAUCUUUGCUACUAUUGCGACAGCUAUACUUGGAAAUGACGUUCCCUCGAAACUUGGUGCUCAACCAACUGAAGUUUUGGAAUUUCUUCAGUCAGCGCUAAAGGCUCGUCCAGAAAGCGAAGGGCCUAUCACAGUUCUGAUCGACUCAGUCGAUGCCCCUUCUUUUCGGCGCGCGGCUAACCAGGCCCUACUUUCUCGCCUGGCUGCGACCCCACGUAUUCGGCUACUCCUCACAGCUGAUACCCCUAAUUUCCCCGUGAUGUGGGACAUCAGCCUGCGUGACCAGUUUAAUCUUGUUUUCCAUGACUGCACCACGUUUAUACCCUUCACAGUCGAGAUGGAUGUAGUAGAAGAGGUAAACUCUCUACUUGGACGUAAAGGUCAGCGUGCUGGUGGAAAAGAGGGUGUGGGCUUCGUGCUCAAGAGUCUUCCUGAGAACGCACGGAAUUUAUACCGUCUUUUACUAACCGAGUUGAUUACUUUGAUGGAGGAUGGCCAUCAGUCUGAUGAUGAAGGCGGUGCAGACGACGCAGGCGGUCAUGGUAAACCCAGUGACGAAAAUGGCAUCGAGUUCCGCCUGUUAUACCAGAAGGCAACGGAGGAAUUUAUUGCAUCUUCUGAGAUGAUGUUCCGCACGUUGUUGAAAGAGUUUCACGAUCACCAGAUGAUCACUUCGCGCAUGGACCCUAGCGGAAUGGAGAUUCUCGGCGUGCCAUUGGCUCGCGAUGAGAUGGAAGGUGUGCUGGAGGACCUGGUUCUAGGAUAA